GUGUGUAUGUAUGCACAGGUGUCAGCAGCCGUGUGCGUGCAUACGAGCACGCUGCGGCCGCCGCUUGCCAAGUGUUCUUUGCAUUUCGCGCGCAAGAGCUGCAUUUUUACCCCACGUUCGUCACCGCCGAGAAGGGGCAAGACAUCUCAUCGACUUCGUCCCGCCUGGAAUGUCACACCGCACUGUACUCCCGUGUUCGACUUCGCCAUGGCUCGCGUAGUCGUCAAGACUUCGGUCUCGUUUGUGCGCUGCUAGGAGCACGACUGCACCUCCGCUGACCGACAACACCACGGGCUUCUUCCGGUUAAGCCUACCGUGCGAUUUUGACAGCCGACUUCGUGAAUCGUGGCCAGUGAGUGUGUUGGCUUGGCUGUGCGGCGUUUGCGUAAGUGCCAGUUGGUUUUGGAUACCGUGCUUUUGUUUUGGCGUCCUACAAGAGUUCUUUACGGGGGAUAGUGGCCUGACACCACCCGCCGACGCUGAAAGUUUUGACUGCCUUCAUGACCCCGUGAAAAGAAAAAGAAGCAUGGAGGAGGAGCAGGAUGCCGGCGUGGCCCAGCUCUGGGAGGUGUUUGACGCCUGCGACACGGAGCGGACGGGGCGCCUGGACGCCCGGGGCCUGCAGCUGCUGUGCCACAGGCUGCAGCUGGCCAACAGGGCGCCCGCCCUGAUCCACCACCUCUUCGGCCGGCGGCAACGGCAAGAAGGCGGGGAUGGGAGACCCGCCGCCAUGGUGAGCUUCGAGGAGUUCAAGGAAGGCUUCAUAUCGAUCCUCACUGAAGCGGAAGACGAACCACCUGCGAGCGAGCUGGUCACAAGCGAUGUUCCUGGCAACACUGGUGAUGCCGGAGAGAGCCAAGAGGUUUCUGGCUCGAAGAAAGCUUCCAUGCUUGCCAGGAAAGCCUCUUCUUGGACUGGCCACAGGGGGGCCUCUAAGCACCGUCGUGCUAUCUAUCGGGAGGUAUCGCCAAAGUACGUCCUGGGUGAGAAGAAGUACGGCCGAAGAUCGAGACCAGCUUCACAGGCCGAUGUUGACGUGGAGAUCUCUUCGGAUGAGGAUUUCAGCGCUGAUGAGGUCCUCAGCCCAACUACGGCCGAGGGUUCUGGGAACGUGAUGCUGAAAGCUAACCCCAGUGACAUGCAGCCUAAAACAUCGUCGGGUGUGCCCAAAGCGAGCGGAGCCACUUUGCCGACAAAUGUGCUGUCUUACCCGGAGACCAGCUUCGACGACACCAGUCACUUCACGGAAAAGUUUUCCUCGGGCGACUUCAACUCGGCCCUUUCGAAGGACUCUGCGGAAGGCGCGAGGGAAUCGGAAGGGCCGCUGAUGCCUCCUGCGUUGUUCGCGACCGGUUUCGACAUCGCAUCAUCUCCCAUGUUCGGGCAGUCGUUCACCGUGGGUGGCGGAUCAGAGUCGGCCGAGUCGAGCCUCACACUUCUGGAGACGAAUCCAGAGGAAUACCUGCGAGCCACGUGGCGGAAACUGAACGUCGGGAGCGACGGCUAUCUGCACGUUGAUGAGUUGGCAGGUGUUUGUGAGCACAUUGGCAUGGAGAUGGACGAAGAGAUGAUUGGUCAGCUGUUCCACACGCUCGACUCUGACCAAGACGGCAAGAUAAGCUUCCAGGAGUUCCUCCAAGGCAUGUUCCAACAUGGUCGAGCUCCGAGCAGUCGGAGUGUCACGCCGCCACCCCUGGCGUCUCCCCUGCCGCUUGUACCGCCCUCUCCUGUGCCCUGUGCCAAACCUCUGGGCCCAUCGGAACGUAGCACUGCCGGCAAAUCGACUGGCUCCCCGGGUCAUCACCGUCACCACCCUGGCUACCGGCGGAACCGCGGUGCCCAAAAGUUCAAAGACACAGCCACAGCCGACGACGAGAUGUCGGACCAGCCCGUGUCCGGAGCCGUCGUACCAAUCUGGGAGUCUGGCAUCUUUUCCAGCAUAGACCCCGACAACACUGGAUACGCCGAAAGUCAGGCCGUGGUGUCCUUUUGGGAGUCCCUGGGCCUCAGCGGCGGUGCCAGCAUCCUCAAGCAACUGGGCUUCAAUCCGAACCUGAAGGUGAACCUGCAAGACCUGACUGCUCAGCUGGAAGAGGAGAUGGCGUCGGUGAGCGCGGGCAACGCGUCCACGACGUACGCCUUCGCGCUCGCCUCCUACCAGCACGAGCUCACGCACCUCAAGACCAACUUCGAGCAGGCUCGUGAGGAGCGUGACCGGCUGCGAGUGAACGUGGCCGAGGCUAACGCUCGAUCUGCGCUGAUCGCCCAGGAGGUGGACGAGCACCACGCCAAGAUGGAGAAGGCCUCUGAGAACAGGCUGCUGACGCUGGAGAAGCGUCACACCGAGCAGCUUCGCGAGGUGACCGAGGAGCUUCAGCGGGAGCGGGAGACCACCACGCUGCAGCUGACGCGGCUACGACAGCGCAGCGAGGACGAGCUCUCCGCGCUGCGUGCCGAGGAACUCAGGCUGCGCGCGCAAGUGGCCACUCUCGAACAGGAAAAUCACCGCCUCGAGCUGGAAGUGCAGGAAUAUUCUGAACGAUACCGCGAACUCCAUCGCCUGGGCGAGAGCCAGCAGAAGGAACUCGAAAGCGUCGCACAGCUGAAGCAGAAGAUUGCUGACUUGGAAUCGGGCCAGACGUUCCUUAACGACGAGCACUACCAAAAGAUAUUGCAAGAACUCGACGUCAUGCGCAAACAGAAUAAGGAGUUGAAGGACAGCAACGACGAGUUGACGCUGGAACUGGAGACGCUGCGUCAGCAGCUCAACUCCAGCUCGGGCUCGCGCUCCUCGGCGCACGGCAAGCGGCACCGGCGAUCGGGUUCCUGGGUGUCCGACUACUCGCGCCAGGGAGGACUCAAGCGCAGAGGCAGCGAGGCCUCUUCGUCCGAGGAGUCGGAUGACGACAUCCCCAUUGCCGGCAAGAUACGCAAGCGAGCCGGCUUCUCCGUCAGCGCUGGCUCCGAGGGUUUGUGGCACGAACUCACGCUCGCUCACUCUGCUCAUAGCAUCCCAUGCGUCGCGGACGCAUACCAGCUGACCCUAGACGCCGACGAGUUGGGCGAGGCCCAACGCGAACCCCUGGAGCGACUGCGAGCCCGGUUCGAGCAGGCGCUGCGCGACAUCGAAGAGCGCUGGCGCCAGCGGGUCGCCGAUCUCGAAGCCCAACUGUGCGGCCAACCCGAAGUGGACAAGGACUCGAUCGACUGCGCCCAGUCGACCAUCGCCAAGCUGCAGGACGAACUGAGCAUGCGCAACGUGCUCGCCGAGCGUCUGCGCGCCGACGUCACGGCGCUGCAGAACCAGCUCGCCCAGCAGAGGGAGCAGCUGGCCUCGGAGCUCGCCGCCAGGGAACACGAGGUGGCCCUGCUGGGCGAGCAGAAGAGGGCCUCGGAGACUACCGUGCAGACGCUGCAGGCGAAGCUUGACGAAGUGCAGAAGAAGGCGGCGGAAGAGUAUGACAGCAAGCGCGAAGCUUGGAACGCAGAGCGGGAAUCCCUGCUCGCGGGCAUCGAGGCAAAGGCGAAGCAGCUGGAAGAGCUGAAGCGCUCCUUGGCGGAGGCUACGGCGACUUCGAGCGAGACCCUGGGCCGCCUUCAGGGCGACGCCGAGCCUUCCUCGGCUUCCGCGGUCGAGGGCGAGACGCGAAGCCAUCUGCAGGCCAUGUACGAGUCCAAGCUGGCGGAAGUGCGGUGUCAGGUCGAGCAGGACCUCGUACAAAAGGUUCGCACCGACGUGGAGCGCGAGCUGCGCACCAGCCUGGAGCAGAACCUGAGGUUGCAGCCCAGCCGGCGAGACAGCGACCCCCAGGCGCAGCUCAGGAGGCCGCAGGACCUGACCGCCCAGCUGACCGAGGACGUCUGCCAGUUGCUCAGGCAGUGCUUGCGAUGUGGCGCAGGCUCUAACGCCAAUACCGACGGUGACGUCGAGGUCCAAGGAGGUGCUGGCAACCAGGUCGUCAUGGCGGCCGCGGACAGCGCGCCCAGCGACGGCGGUGACCCGGGCGCAAGUCCACACAAAGUGACGUCAGGCGCGUCACUUCAGGAGCAGCUGGCGAGCCUCAUCAGCAAGGCCAUCAGUGCCAUAGAGCGUCACCUGGAGGCGCUGCACCUGCAGGAGCACGAACGGCUGAGAAAGAACUGCGAGGAGCAGCUACAGCGACUCAAGCAAAAACACAUGAUGGAGCGUUUGGAGUGUGAACUCCAGCACAACGAGGAGCUCGAGCGGCUCCGGAAACAGCAGCAGCAGCAGCAGCAGCAGCAGCAGCAGCAGCAGCAGCAGCAGCAGCAAGAGCAUCACCUUCAUCAUCAUCAACACCAGUCCGGCCCAGCUAGCCAGCAGCAGCCGUGCGAGCAGCAGCCUCAGCAGCAGCAGUCGAAUGCAGUCGGCCCGAGUAAGAUCGACACCCUGCUCCGAGACCUGUACGUCGAGAAUGCCCGACUGCUGCGUGCUCUGCAGCGCGCCGAGGACGGCCGGAGGCGCGCUGAGCACAACAGCACGCGUCUGCAGUACAAGUGUCGCGUACUCAGCAAACUCCUCACUGACGUCACCAGAGCUGCGGUGGACGGUGGAAGCUCCAGGGUGGCUUGUGCCUGAGCCUUCAAUACCGACAUGUUUUGAGAGAUGAAGAACUUGCUUCGGUCCAGCAGUAACCAUCACAUUUUGAGGGAAAGGGAAAUACGAACACACAAUAGUUUUCACAUUUGCUGGCAGACUAGUUGGCAUUGCAUAGUUCAGAGUUAUAACGGCGCAAACGUAGAAAGAUACCGAGAAGACACAGGACAGAGUGCUGUGUCUAAUCUGUGUCAGCACACUGCCCUGUGACACAAGGACGAUGGAUGACACAGGACAGACACAGCACUCUGUUCAGUGUCUUCUCGGUUUAUCCUGACGUACGUGCUGAUAUACCUAUGAACUAAACAUAGAAGUGUUCAUUUUCCUUUCCUUUUUCGAUGUUGGUGAUAACUGGCAACAUUGCUGACACCACUAUCACUGAUGGCUGUCAUCGUCCUUCGUCUACGACACAAGAAAGUUGUGUGCAGUGCGCGUGGCUAUUGACAAUGCCAACGGUUAUGCCACAACUCCAGUGUGGAUUGCACAAUCAUCAACGUCAGUUGUCUGCAACACCACCCGGUUAUUCUGCAAUGUGAACUGUAGUUGUCUUCAGCAUUGGCGGUUGUCCGCAACAACUAGGAAGUGUGAGCUACAUUCAACAGUUGUCGACAAUGCCAGUGUUCGUCGGCAGCGUCAGUGGUGCUCCGCAACAUCAUUGUCAUUGACUCCGUGUCAUAAAGAGGGUGUGUGUAUUCAUUUUAUGCAGCGGAUGUAGGCUGUGAGCUAUGUGCCCGUUUGUUUUCUUUUGUUCUUGUUACUUUCUAGUUCUUUUUUUUUUUGCAGCAUAAAAACCUCCGGUGGUGACACUACUGAUGGUUACGGAACAUUUAGUAUCUGAGAGUUACACUGCUACACAUGGUGUGCUUGCCCUUAAUAAGAGUUCUGGUUCUUUUCGACUGAAUCGUGCCUUUCUGGGCGUGUAUCGUUACUUUCGCUGGUGCCUUACUAUUUAAGCUGCCUUUUCGUGCAACUUGAGCAAACCAGGGCGCUUUUUUACGGUGGAAUACCAUCCUCAAGUGAUGUACGGACGUCCUGCCGAUCGCGUCUUCAAGGGUUGAAAAUUGUGGUGGUUGGUUGAACAGGAUUAAGACUACAGCGCAAAUUAAAAAAAAAGCACAAGAAGGUGUUGCUUAUUCUUUCCUAUGCCCGUUUUGUUUACGCUAUAGUUUUAAUCGUAUCUCAGAAUUAGUCUCCAGGAUUACCUUUUACCUUUUGUUGGCGUGACCUGAAACUGACUGUUUUUGUAUGCGAGUGACCCAGAGCACCAUCCUCACUUGGCGUAUAUAUGCUAAUGGAAGCAAAAAGGUUAAGUAGUGACUUUGUUUAAGUGGGCUUUUGAUGUUGAGCCCCAUCAUUUUGCCGGCGUAACUUUUAGUUUCCAUGAUUUGCUACUUGGAAGCUGCCUUACAAUUGCCAUUGAUAUGCUAUCAUCCCAUCUGUUGUUUUCUAAUUCAUUAAAGUCUUUUCAAAAGAAAAAUGUUAUAUAUGAAUAUAUGUAUUAACCCAACUGGAUGAUCUGCUGAAUCGCCUUUGUGUCUUGUAUAUUAAACGUGUUUGCCCGGA